AUGUUCCUGAGCUCGCUCUACAUCCUGGAUGGUUGCCAAGAUUUGACUUCUCAUCACACCGAACGCAUGGUGGAUCUCUCUGAAAACGGCGACAAGUUCCGUUCGUUACAGAUCGGGCAGCUCAGUCUUGCUCUGAGCAUGGUUCAUCCCGGCCAAACGCUUUAUAUGCUAUAUGCGCUACUUCGAAACGUGCAUUCGGUGCGAAUCUUAAGGCGUGCAGUGCAUGCGACUCAAAGUGCUAAGUCUUGCUAG